UGCGCUCCGCCCGCGCCUCUCUUCUGCCCCAGGGAGCCGCCUCCGGCCGGCCCGCCAUGACUCCCGCCGGGCUCUGCUGGCUCCUCCUGGCCGGCCGCCUGCUGGCGCCGGGCAGCGCCUUCAACUUGGACGCCGCCAGCCCGGCCGUCUACGCCGGCGCCCGGGGCAGCUACUUCGGCUUCGCGGUGGACUUCUUCGCCCCCGACGCUUCCUCGACAUUUCUUCUUGUGGGCGCACCAAAGGCAAAUACAUCGCAGCCUGGAAUUGUGCAAGGAGGUCAAGUUCUCAAGUGCAAUUGGAAUUCCAACAGAAACUGCCUUCCUAUCAUCUUUGACUCUACAGGCAACCGAAAUUAUGCUGCGAAUGAUCCAUUGGAAUUCAAGUCGCAUCAAUGGUUUGGAGCAUCGGUGAGAUCUAAAAAUGAUAAAAUUCUGGCAUGCGCUCCAUUGUAUCACUGGAGAACUGAACAGAAACCAGAACGGGAACCUGUGGGAACUUGUUAUCUUCAUGAUGGGUCUAAAGCUGUUGAAUAUGCUCCCUGCAGGUCAGCAAACAUCGAGGCCGAAGGACAGGGCUUUUGUCAAGGAGGAUUCAGCAUUGACUUUACCCAGGGAGACAGAGUGCUUCUUGGAGGACCAGGAAGCUUUUAUUGGCAAGGCCAACUCAUUUCAGAUCAAGUAGCUGAGAUUGUGUCAAAAUACAACGCUAAAGUCUACACCACCGAGUACGACAACCAGUUAGCAACCCAGCCGGCAAGCCCUGCUUUUGACGACAGCUAUUUGGGUUACUCAGUGGCUGUGGGAGAUUUCAAUGGUGAUGGCAUAGAAGAUUUUGUCUCUGGUGUCCCAAGAGCAGCAAGAACAUUGGGCAUGGUGUCCAUUUACAAUGGAAAAACCAUGACAUCCUUGUAUAAUUUUACUGGAGAACAGAUGGCUGCCUAUUUUGGGUAUUCUGUUGCGGCUACAGAUAUUAAUGGAGAUGACUACACGGAUUUGCUUAUAGGAGCCCCACUCUUUAUGGAUCGUGGUUCUGAUGGCAAACUUCUCGAAGUGGGCCAGGUGACUGUGUACCUGCAACAAGCAUCUGGUGGCUUUCUCCCCAUGAAGCUAAAUGGCUUCGAGGUCUUUGCAAGGUUCAGCAGCUCCAUUGCACCUCUGGGAGAUCUUGACCAAGAUGGCUUCAACGACAUCGCAGUGUCUGCUCCUUAUGGUGGAGAGGAAAAGAAAGGGAUGGUUUACAUCUAUAAUGGGAGAGCCACGGGACUGAAUGGAAUACCAUCUCAAAUCCUCGAAGGACAGUGGGCCUCUCAGACAAUGCCACCAAGCUUUGGGUACUCCUUGAAAGGAGCUACCGAUGUGGACCAAAAUGGCUACCCAGACUUGAUCGUAGGAGCGUUUGGUGUUGACAGAGUUGCCUUAUAUAGGGCCCGGCCCGUCAUUACUGUAAAUGCGGUAUUAGAAGUUACCCCAUCCAUUCUCAAUCCGGAGAGCAAAUCCUGUGACUUGAAUGAAAAUGGCCAGAAAGUUUCUUGCUUUAAAGUGAAAUUCUGCUUAAAAGCCAAUGGCAAAGGAAGCCUUCCCAAGGACCUCACUUUCCAUGUAGAGCUGCUGUUGGACAAACUCAAGCAAAAAGGUGCCAUCAGGAGGGCCCUCUUUCUUCACAACAGACAGUCCAGCCACUCUAAGAACAUGACGGUCCUCAAAGGAGGUCGAAUGCACUGUGAAGAACUUUUUGCUUUUUUAAGGGAUGAAUCUGAAUUUAGAGACAAGCUUACUCCAAUCACCAUAUUCAUGGAGUAUCAGUUGGAUUAUAAAACCGCCUCGGAUUCUACCGGUUUACAGCCCAUCCUCAACCAGUUUACUCCUGCGAACAUCAGCAGGCAGGCUCAUAUUCUUCUGGACUGUGGUGAAGAUAAUAUUUGUCGUCCCGAUUUGCGGGUGGCAGUCAACAGUGAUCAGAAGGAGAUCUAUAUCGGUGAUGACAAUCCUUUAACUCUGAUCAUAAAUGCCGAGAACCAAGGGGAGGGAGCCUACGAAGCGGAGCUGUUUGUGACUGUCCCUCCUCAAGCAGACUUCAUUGGCAUUGUUCGUAACAACGAGGCUCUAGCGAGGCUAUCCUGUGCUUUUAAAACUGAAAACCAGACACGGCUGGUUGUCUGCGACCUUGGAAACCCUAUGAAAGCUGGGACAAAACUUUCAGCGGGUCUUCAUUUCAACGUGCAUCAAGAGUCUGAGAUGGAAACUUUUGUGAAGUUUGAUCUUCAGAUCCGUAGCUCUAAUUUGUUUAACAACAUAAGUCCAGUGAUGUCUUAUCAAGCGGACCUGGCUAUCUUAGCAGCUGUUGAAAUUAGAGGCGUCUCUUCCCCCGAUCACAUCUUUCUUCCGAUACCCAACUGGCAAGCCAAAGAGAAUCCAGAAACAGAAGAUGAUAUUGGGCCUCUGGUUCAACACAUCUAUGAGCUCAGAAACAACGGCCCGAGUGCCUUCAGCAAGGUGAUGCUCAAUCUUCAGUGGCCUUACAAGUACAACAAUAACACCUUGCUGUAUAUUGUCCAGUAUGAAAUCGAAGGGCCCAUGAACUGCACCUCGGAUAUGGAGAUCAACCCACUAAAAAUUAAGAUGUCCGCUACUGGACAAGAUGAAAGAAAUGAAACAUGGAAUGGAGAAGACAACCGUGAUCACCAUAUCAAUCGGAGGGAUCUGAGUAAUGCCGAGGGAGACAUACAAACUUUGGGCUGUGGAACGGCAGAAUGUUUGAAGAUCUUCUGCCAAGUUGGUCGCUUGGAAAAGGGGAAGAGCACCAUUCUGUACUUAAAAUCUCGCCUCUGGACUCAGACCUUCAUGAAUAAAGAAAACCAGAACCAUUCCUACUCACUCAAGUCAUCUGCAUCCUUCAGUGUGAUCGAGUUCCCUUACAAGAACCUUCCCUUUCCUGAAGAUGUUCACAAUUCUACAAUCGUGACCACAAAUAUCCUGUGGGGCAUCCAGCCAGCACCCAUGACAGUGCAGAUAUGGGUAAUCAUAUUGGCUGUCCUAGCAGGGCUGUUACUUUUAGCCCUUCUCGUCUUCGUAAUGCACAGAAUGGGUUUCUUCAAAAGGGUGCGACCGCCUCAGGAAGAACAAGAAAGGGAACAGUUGCAGCCUCAUGAAAAUGGAGAAGGGACAUCGGAUGCCUAAACAUUGUUUUAGGUGUGUCAUUUACUGAAACACAACAGCCAAUGUCUUCUUUAAAAAUACGUAUUUCUCUGUUAAGGGACAGAGAAUACAGAACUGCACUACAGAAUGUCCUUUGACGUUGGUAAUGGUUUAAGUUAGAAUGGUUAAACUGAACUGCAGAAUCAGGGCAAUACAUUUUAGCUUCCCUUUUAUUAAUCCAGUUCUUACAUGUGACUAAUACGUGUUCAUUGAAGAGCAUAUUUUAGUGCCAUGAUUUUCCUUAUCCAUCGUCAGGCGGCAAUUUUUUUCCAGCAGAUUGAUUGGUAUAACUUCAGCGGUUCCAGAGAUGACAUUUAAAGUUUUUCAACUUGAACCUUCUUUCCUACAUCAGUUUAAAGAACUGCAUGGACAUUAAGUGGAGACUUGUACUCUUGAAUUUUCCUAACAGGACUUUCCCAAGGUACUUACAAAUUCUUCAGAGUACUUACUUGCUAUUGACGUUGUAUUUCCAAGUGAGCAGUAUCCAAGUAUGCAAUGGGUUACAGGUCUGUUACAGUGGUCUCCCUGGUGAUGGGUUUAUCAUAGAUGAGGACUGUACUAUGGAAUCCAUUGAAGGAGUUGCUGUCCUGUUCACAGAACCCUUAAUGUUGAAAAUGUGCUUUGAUUUCUUGUUUUUGGGGGGAGAUCAUCAGCCCUUUCUCUAGAAAUUUAUAUCCGCCUGGUCUGUGGCAACAUGGAUCAAUUCUUCAAACCAUUUUUAAAGUAACUUCCCCAAAGCCCUUAUAUUUCUAUGUGUAGGACGAAGCUUUGGGUUUUACGCAUUUAAGAAAAUUCAGGCAGAGUGCAAGAAAAUCCAAGUCCUGCAUCCAGAAUAAAUUGUGCAAAUUAAAUAUUCUCUCUAUAUUUGUCUUAAAUACAUUGCAUAAUUUAAUUAUGCUUACAAAGGUUUUCAAGCAAAAUAGAAUGCUUUUUAGCAAAAAGAAAACCAGCAGUUAGAAAUUGGAAAGGCGUAACGUGAUGGCCUUUUGCAAGACAGGGAAAUGUUACUUUGGAAAGUACUUAAAAGCUGUAUGGAGCAACAAGGACCACAUCUGUGCUGCUUGCAAUCCAACCCUGAUCUAUUCUAUCAAGUUGCACCAGAUGCUUGUUGAGCCGAUAGAUAGGAUACAAUCCACCCUGCAGAUGAAAAUACCUGUUUGCUAGUAGCUUAAACAGCAACUGCCAAAUGCAAUAAAUCCCCUCAUUUUCCAUCUUUAGUUACCUGAUCCCCCCCCCCCCAAUACUGUAUCCUUCUAUGUUGGCCAAUGACACUAUAAUGUCAUAAUAGUAUCCUGGUUUUUACCCAAACUUCUUUUUACUGGAUAUCUCCCAAGCCAUUCAGAUGAAUGAGUUUUACUAUAUAUAUAUAAAUAUUUUUUGAAAGAGUCACAGAAAUGGGCAAAAUGAAAUCUGUUAUGCCUUUUCUACUUAAUAUGUUGUUAGAAAGAAUUUAUAUUUUAUAUGCAAUGGUAAGUGAAAACACCAUCCCUUUUUUAAAAAAAAAAAUUGUCAAAUUCCACCCCUAAAUCUGCUUGUGUGAAAGUAAAUUGUAGGUAAACAUAACCCAGGAUAAGGCUUUUUGACAUUUAACACUGUCCGGUGUUUUUCUAACAAAUUUCUUUUUCCCAUGAAUUCUUGUAUUCCACAGAUAUGUUGAAGGAGAAGUUAUUCCCCAUGUAUUUAGUUGGCCCGGUUUAGGAUAUUGUGCAGUACACUAAUUUUAAUUGCAUUGUAAUAUUAUGUAAUAAUACGUAAUAUUUCCUCUGGGAAUAAGAGACUAUUAGCUGAAAUGCAGAAUCAACUGGUAACGUACGCCCUUCAAGCCCUCCAUCUUGAAAUGAUGUACUGUUUAUCGUUUCUUCCGUGCCAUUUAAAAGGGGAUAGGACUAAAAAGCGUUCUUUGAUAGCUACCGGCUAUAUGAAACAUCAAACUUAAUGGUCUGAUCCAGCAAAGCUCUUCUUAUUUAUGAGUAUGGCAUAGUGAGGAAGUUCCUGUGUUUUGUGAGAUUUUACUUUGCAAAUAACUACAAUCCAGAGAGAUAAUUGUGGUGCACACAAGGACUUUUAUGUGAAGAUGGAUAUUUACCCAUUUCCCUGGAAUAGGCCUCCCCAACCCAUGGCACAAAAGGGAUAAUAUUCAAAAUUCUCCCACAAUGCCAUGUGACAUGGAGGGUGUCUUCCCCCACCCACCCACUCGCAAACAGUGGUAGAAUAAUUCUCUGGAUUGCAAUCUUAAAUUUGAUUUAUUUUUCUUAUUUAAAAGAUCUCAAGGUACUUUAGAAACACCUUUAAAAGGUAUGCUAAUAUAUUUUCUGUAUUUUGCAGAAUAGUUUAAUGCCAUUUGAAUAUUUGCACAAUGCGUUGGUAGGAAGAGAACCACUUCAGCAUUUGUGACAUGUCUUUGUGACAUGAAUUCUCAUAGAUACCUAGCAGUGCUUUUUUUCAGCGGGAACGCGGUGGAACAGUGUUCUGGCACCUCUUAAAAAUGGUCACAUGGCCGGUGGCCCUGCCCCCUGAUCUCCCGACAG